AUGGUGAAAUACAACACCAGCGAUGUCAUCAAAGCCCAAAUGGCCGAGCUGAACGACCUUGUCAAGGAGAUCGCGGUCCUGGACAGCGAGAUGACCAACGCAGCUUCUCAUAAACGGAUUGGAUUGUGCCAGGAGAGGAUGAGAAAGACAUCUCGAAUGGAGACGCUUAAGGAACAGAUCCAGUGCAAGAUUAUGGCAAUGGACGUCCACCGUAAAAAGACCCUCACGCGCCAGCUUAACGCAAUCACGAAAGUCAGAGGCUGGACAAUUGACGCGGAUAAGAGCAAUGACACCAAAACAACCACUGCUGGCACUGCACCCGAAGUUCUCAAGCAUGGAAAUGAGGAAGAAUGUGUAGGCUAG